UUACUCUUAAUAGAAAAAUUGCAUAAAAUAAUUGAAGGCUUUAUUUUGGCUAUCAGUCUUGUUCAUUUGUUCGAAACGUGAACAUUUUUGAAAUCAUUUCAUAUUUUUGCUAUUUCCAAAAAAAAUUAUUGAAAUGACAAAAUUUCAAUAUUUUGGAUUAAUUUUUUUGUAUUUUGUGAUAAAUUUAGAAGCUUCUAGUGCAUUUAAAUGUGAUUUUCAAGUAACAGAGGAAUUUUUCUAUGAUUAUUACACGUGCAUAAUAACAGCAGAGUCAUAUGAAAUUAAGGAAGUACAUUUGCCUGAAAACUCUGAUGAUGAUGUAUCAAUGAUCUCGAUUACAUUACAAUCUCUUGGAAUGACAGAAGCAGAAUUCCCAUUUUGCCAGAGAUUUCCUGAUUUGAAGAAGGUUUACAUCUCUGGAAUCACAUCAGUUGACGAAAAUUUAUUCCAACAAUGCAGUAAUUUGAUAGAAGUUGGAAUCACCUCAGCUUAUCUUGAAGAACUUCCUGAAAAACUUUUCGCAAAUAAUCUAGGAUUGAAGACUUUGAAUAUAACAAAAAGCAUGUUAAAGACAUUGCCGGAGGGGAUAUUUGCUAGCAACAUCAAUCUUUUUACAUUAAUCUUUGAUGGCAAUGAAAUUGUUGACUUACCCACAAAUAUAUUUAAGUCACUCACUUCGCUAGACAAACUUUCAUUAAGAAAUAAUAAAAUUAAGCAGUUAAAUCCAGUUUGGUUUAAAGAUUUGGAGAAACUUGAUGACUUAUUCUUGAGUAACAAUAAAAUAUCAGAACUGCCAAAAAAUGUCUUCAAUAAUUUAAGAAAUUUGGACACUUUAAGAAUUGACAACAAUCAAUUAGUAACAAUCCAUUCAGAUUCAUUUGGAAGUAAUAGAACAUUAACAAUAAUGGAAUUUGAUAACAACAAAAUAAAUGCAAUUGAUGAAAAAACUUUUGACAAACUUCAAGUUGUGUUGCUUAGCACGAUGAAAAAUAUUUGCAUUGACGACAUUUUGAUUCAAGAUAAGACAAAAUUGAGCAGAUGCUUUGAGAAUUAUCAACCACGCUAAGUCGCUAAUUUGUAAAAAACAAUAAAAAU